UCAGUAAAUGGACACAUGAUUGCGAUAGAAUUCUGCUGAAAUCUGUAAAUAAUAUAUUCAUCACUGUUUUUAAAUAGCCAAAUCCCACAAUGUGAACUGCAAAACAAUGUGAUGCAACUACGUGUGAGCUCUAACUCAGACAUUAAUAAUAUGUGAUAUGUGAUUUCUGUUCAUUCUUCUCUGCAUCUCAUCCGUCUUUCAAAUCGUAUAAUUGCAUGCUGCAGCAUUGAAAGUGAGCUGGGAAUAACAUCUAUUGCAUUAUUUCUACAACAUUUUUUGUGUGAUAUCGGCUGUUUUAUACACAUUUAAAACCAAGGAGUCAGUUAUUUCAAGCCCGUAUAGUUUGUCUUCUACCUUCAUGUUAAUAGUUGCCUCCACGGUGUCAACAGACGGAAGGACGCGUUAUGUAAACAGUUUUAUCUUGAUGGGAAAGUCAGGGCUGCAUCUCCGCCCCGGAUCAUCAUACCUGCACCCUCAGGUGUUCACACCGACCAACGAAGUCUGAAUUAAGAAGUUCCCACUUCUCAAACGAUCCCAAUAACGACCCGUGUUCAUAUGUGGCGGGAUUGAAAAGGAAACUUGCUGACGAGUCGAGAUGACAGUGAGGAGACUGGCGGGUGAAAUGUCUUACCACAACGAGGAGUUAAGGGAGCACGUGCCGUAUGUCCCUGCACCUGCUCUCCAUGGCUUCUCCAUGGACAACGGCGGUGCACGCUACAAGGAUCCGCUUCGACUUGGGCUGCCCAUCCACAUAGACGCUGCGUACCUCGACCCCGUGCACGGCCACAGGUCACCCUACAGACGACUGUCGUGUUUCCCCUUUCACAUCCCGUUUGAUGUGUGUGAUUAUUCCUUUGAGCCUGCAUUCAUCCGGAAAAGGAACGAAAGGGAGCGACACCGAGUGCGCUGCGUGAACGAAGGUUACGCGCGGCUCAGAGAGCGUCUCCCGCGGGAGUUUGAAGACAAACGGCUCAGCAAAGCGGAGACCCUGCGGGCGGCUAUCGACUAUAUCAAACACCUGCAGAAACUGCUGGACUUAAACGCGUCCGUGAUGGAGACGCCACUUGGAGACGCGCGUAUCAGUGCGCCGCUUCCACAGAGGACAGAGAGCGGGGAUGGACAAUCCCAAACUGGCCUCAACAACAGUGGGGAAAUAGUUUACUCGCUCUAACUCUCUUGCUGUCCGUGAUAUGUUGUGCAUAAAUUCCAUUUUAAAGAAAGUAAAGCGUGGUUAAUUGA